GCAGUGCGCCAUUCAAGCCACAGCAGAAGAAGAAGACGAACAUCAAGAUAACAUUUUUCUGAAAUCCUGUGCUGUUUGAGAAAUGGCUGGAACAACCGGCAUUGGUGACCGCGUCUGACGGUGGGAUUCCUCACGAAUCGCCGCUUUCUGGGUUACAGAGCGAAACAAACCCAGUCUGCUGAACCGAACCAGUUCAUGACGCCCCCUGACUUAGCGGAGAUAGCGAAGACCACACGAGCUGUCAGUCGGUCACGGACUAACCUUGACUACUUGUUAACCAGUAAAUAUAAAAAAAGCCAGAGAGUCAGGAUGCAAGACGGUUGUUGGUGAUCAGCGACUCUCAUCCACGGGCCAUGUCUCUGGUUUUUUCACGAGCCAACCCCGCACCAUUUCACUGCAAGAAGGAAAAGAGAAUGAUGGCUGAAGUCAACGCAUCGCCGCUCAAACAUUUUGUCACAGCAAAGAAGAAGAUCAACGGGAUCUUUGAGCAGCUGGGGGCCUACAUCAAGGAGAGCGCGUCGUUCCUGGAAGAUGCGCACAAAAAUGAAGAGUUGGACCCGGUCACCACGGAGGAACAAGUCCAGGAGGUCCGAGGUUACCUUGCCAAGGUGGCAGGGAUUGGAGAAGUGCUCGCCCGCCGACACAUGAAGGUGGUUUUCUUUGGAAGGACCAGCAAUGGUAAGAGCACGGUGAUCAACGCCAUGCUGUGUGACAAAGUGCUGCCGUCUGGAAUAGGACACACCACCAACUGCUUCCUGAGGGUGGAGGGGACGGAUGGCAAUGACGCCUUCCUCCUCACGGAAGGCUCCGAAGAGAAGAAAAGCAUCAAGGUGAGUAGACCUGGAGUGUGUGGUCAGGUGGAGCCUCUGUCAGACUGGUCUCCACCUCCACUGCUGACACGGCGACGUCUCUGUGAUCAGACGGUGAACCAGCUGGCCCACGCGCUCCAUCAGGACGAAGACCUGGAUGCUGGGAGCCUGGUCUGCAUUAUGUGGCCUAAAGCCAAGUGUGCUCUGCUCAGAGAUGAUCUGGUGCUGGUGGACAGCCCAGGUAUCGACGUCACCACUGAACUGGACAGCUGGAUCGACAAGUUCUGUCUGGACGCUGACGUGUUUGUCCUGGUGGCCAACUCUGAAUCCACCCUGAUGCAGACGGAGAAGUCCUUCUUUCACAAGGUCAACGAGCGUCUCUCCAGUCCCAACAUCUUCAUCCUCAACAACCGCUGGGACGCCUCAGCCUCAGAACCGGAAUAUAUGGAGGAGGUCCGCAGGCAGCACAUGGACCGCUGCACCCACUUCCUGGUGGAUGAGUUGGGUGUGGUGGACCGAGGUCAGGCCGGCGACCGCAUCUUCUUCGUCUCUGCUAAAGAAGUCCUGCAGGCUCGUGUGCAGAAGGCCCAGGGAAUGCCUGAAGCAGGCGGCGCUCUCGCAGAGGGAUUUCAAGCCCGGAUGUUUGAAUUCCAAAACUUUGAGAGGCGAUUUGAGGAGUGCAUCUCUCAGUCUGCUGUUAAGACCAAAUUUGAGCAGCACACAGUGAGGGCCAAGCAGAUCUCUGAAGCUCUGCGCCGCCUCAUGGACUCCGUACACAUCGCCGCCCAAGAACAGAGAGUGUACUGCCUAGAGACCAAAGAGGACCGCCAGGACCGGCUGGAGUUCAUAGAUAAACAGCUGGACCUGCUGACUGUGGACUGUAAGGCCAAGAUCAAGAACAUCACAGAGGAAGUGGAGCGACAGGUUUCAAACACCAUGGCGGAGGAGAUCAGAAAGCUCCACGUGCUGGUGGAUGAUUUCCACAUGGACUUCCACCCGUCACCAGUGGUGCUAAAAGUCUACAAGAACGAGCUCCAUCGCCACAUAGAGGAGGGUCUGGGCAAGAACAUGUCGGAGAGAUGCUCUGCCUCCAUCACCAGCGCCCUGCAGGCCACGCAGGCCGACAUGAUCGACGGUCUGAAGCCCUUGCUGCCAGGCCAGGUCCGAGAGCAGGUGGACAAGAUGGUUCCUCGUCAGUGCUUCAGCCUCACCUACGACCUGGCCUGCGACAAGCUUUGCAGCGACUUUCAGGAGGACAUCAGCUUCCACUUCUCUCUGGGGUGGACCAUGCUGGUCAACCGCUUUCUGGGGCCCAAAAACACCCGACGGGCCCUCAUGGGCUACAGCGACCAGGUUCCUCGGCCCAUGGCCUUGACACCAGUCAGCACCAGCAUGCCUCCAUUCCCACAGAACGCCAUGACCCAGGAGGAGCUGAUGGUCUCCAUGGUAACUGGUCUUGCAUCCCUCACUUCCCGCACCUCCAUGGGCGUCCUUGUUGUUGGCGGCGUGAUCUGGAAGGCGGUGGGCUGGCGCCUGAUUGCGUUGUCUCUGGGUCUGUACGGGCUUCUCUACGUGUACGAGCGCCUCACCUGGACCACCAAGGCCAAAGAGAGAGCCUUCAAGAGGCAGUUUGUGGACUACGCCAGCGAGAAGCUGCAGCUGAUCGUCAGCUACACUGGAUCCAACUGCAGCCACCAAGUCCAGCAGGAGCUGGCGAGCGUGUUCGCCCAGCUCUGCCAGCAGGUAGACGUCACCCGACAGAACCUGGAGGAUGAAAUCAGUGACAUGAACAGCAAGAUCGAGCUGUUGGACAACCUGCAGAGUAAAGCGAAGCUGCUGCGGAACAAGGCGGGGUGGCUGGACAGCGAGCUCAACAUGUUCACCCAGCAGUACCUCCACCACAUGGGAAACUGGCUCAAUGCUGAGAGGAAGAAACCUCAUCAGAGUGGACGUCCCUGAGUUUGUUGUAAAGUGAAGCCAAACACUGUGUUGCCAAAAGGCCGGAGAGGCUGCUGUACACAAGUUCCUUCAGAGAGAACACAUGCACUUUAUCACUAAGUUUUGCUUUUUUAUUGUUUCUUUUGGGAGGUGUGUUCGAUUUCCACCCAGCUAAAUUAAAUCGAUGCACUAGUUUGGCUUCAGGAAGUCGAAAGGACCUGCAUGCAGUGAUUGUUGUAGUUUGUUGUCCUGUUAAAAUAUCCAACCGUAUGUACGUAAAAAAUAAAGAUGGUACCAAAACAAA